AUGCCAAUAAUUCGCAAUCCAUUCACAAAGCGCGCCGAGGUGCAGACGGGUGGUCUGCAGCCAUACGACGAGAAUGUCCGACCCGAGUCGCAUGAGCCUCCUUCGUUCGAGAGAGUCGAUACAGUGGGUUCGAAGUCUUCUUCUGCAUUGAGCAUAAGCAGCAAAAGAAGUCAGGAACCUGUCGAGUACAAAAUGAGCGUGGUUAAUGAUAGCGGGGUGUAUCUUCCUCCGUCACCGCCUACUGAAAAGAAGGGCUUCUGGCCUCGUCGGUCACAUCCUUCACGGACUUCAACGAAUGCUAGCGACUCGGAAUUCGAACAUUUUCCAAUAUCCCGAGAAUCAUUCGACUCAUACAGGAGAUCAUUUGAUAUAUCAGCUAGAUUGCCAGUCGUUCCCCAUGACAUUGGGCGCCAAAGCCUUGAUUCCGCGACGCUACCCCGCCUCCCCCGAUCCGCACUGAGCGAGCGCAGAUUCGAGAGACAACCACCGACGGCAGAGGAAGGGUUCGAGGAUGUUGGUCUGAACGACGACCAAGCUAAGCAGACCAAAAAGAAAGGAUUUUUUUCUAAAUUUGGUGACACGGACUCCCAGUCCUCGACAACCUCUAGGUUCCAUAUCACCGGUAGAAAGCGAGGGCAAAGUGGAGGGGGCGAAGAGCUGGGAACUAUCCAACGGCCUGGCACGGCUGGGUCCUCGAAGGAAGUCCCGGGAGUCCAUUAA